GGCCGUUUGUAAAGGCAUUCCGCAACUUUACGAAUCCUCGGCCGAAGUACUGGCUUCCAUACGGACUUUACAUAUUCUUACGCCAAGACACUCGUUAAUAUCAACACUUUUAAUAAGCAACAGCCUCGUUACGAGCUUUUAUUAACCGGUUGAUUCUUUUGUGCUCGUUUAUUGUUAUUUCGUUAUGUGGAUGCAAAGACCAGCCGUGAUCAAUUGUCCUCCAGGCCUUGAGUAUUUGACUCAAAUUGACCAAUUGCUGAUUAAGCAGGUGAUUGAUGCUAUCGAAACAUUCGUGCCUUAUGAAGUGCAAAAUCGCUAUACCUGUUACAACACAUUGGGACAAAGUGUAUAUCGAUGUUACGAAGAAUCUGACUUUUGUUCACGUGCAUUCUGUGGAGCAUCAAGACCUUUCGUAUUACAUAUUUUAAACAAUAAUAACUCUGAAGUUAUCCGUGCAAUUCGACCUUUUCGAUGUGAUUGUUACCCUUGUUGUUCGUAAGUAUAAUAAGUUUUUUUCUUUUAUGAUAUCACUUUUACUGUUUUACUUGGAAUACAAGUGUUUUCUUUCACGAUUUUACUUAUUGUAAUGAAAAUACUGAAGUUUUACUUUAAAAAAAUUGAUUAUUUAUUUGCGUAAUUUCUUUUUCACAAGCUGAUCAAAUUUACAUGGUAAAGACACUUUAAUUUAUGACUAAAUAAGUUAUGUAAAUCAAUGAUGUGUUAUGAGAAUUACAAAAAUCUUAUAAUAAUGCUAAAGAAGUACGUACGUCAUAACAUCACUCUUGAGAUUGAGAUUCAUUAUUAAUUACCGAGGAAAUUUUAACGCAAGAACAAAUUAUUUUUAAAUACUUCAAAGAGGAUCUGAAAAUAAAAAUUACGAAAAUAUCAACAGACUUACAUUUUUACUCAUAGUAGCAUCUGUAGAAAAAGAUUUAAAACUUUUCAAUUUGAUCUUAUGACUAAUUUCUAUCAAACGUAUAUCUAUUCAAAAAAGGUAGCUGUUUGACAUAAGUACUUUUUCUCCCAGCUGUUUUGAAGUCAUUUCACAUUAAAUUGCAUUUGUUCAUUCCUUCUUGUAUUCAUUUCAACUCACAGUGAGACGCUUAUUUAAUGGUGAAGUAUGUAUAAUAAUAUCCUGAACACUUACAAACCUGCCUGGACAAAAUGCUUUAUUGCUAACUGAUUUUGAUUAUUCUUAAUCUCUGUUAUUCUUGUCCCCAUUAUAUCAGUGGUUUAUCGAAAGGGUUUGACGUUAGUCGAAUGUCAGUUUAUUCAGUUCGGUAUGCAUUUGUAAAAGUAACCAAUCUAUUCCCAAUUAUCUCAGUAAAUUUUUUUGGGACCACAGAUUUUGUACACAUGACGAACAUAUCUUAAUUUUUGCUACAUAUUUUCUUAUUCAGUUAUUCUAAUUCUGCUCUUAAAUGUUUUAAGUCAUCUGCUUGAUGUCUUUUUAUGUGUACACUAACCUUCCAACUUGUCUUUGCAUCAUAUUUUUUCAUUUACAAUUAGUUUAGUAAAAAUUAAAUUUCUAUCUUAAUACUUACAUUUUACAUACAUCUUUUAUACGUCUAGAUUAUUACAUUAGCUUACAUCUCCGGCUGUAAACCUAAAUAAGUAAUGGGGCUUGAUCUCGUUAUACUAGUACAAGCUUGCUAGAUAUUCUUAUUUUUUCGAGAAAUAUAUUAGAGCUUUUGGUCAGAGCCAUAAAUGUUUCAGUCUUGAGAAUACAACCGUGAAAACAUGAGGAUGGAUUAGUUUCCACUAGCAAACAGAAAAAUGUUACACACGAAACAACAAUUGAGGCUUUAGGUAUGCAAAAGAAACUUAAGUUUUCUCUGAUUAGCGAACUAGUAUUGAUAUAUUUUCACUUCUGAAUUUGCUAUACAAAUAAGCUUAUUCCAAAGUCAUUUGAAAGUCCUUACAUUAAUUUAUGGGCAGUUAUAGAAGUUAAGUAUUUUACACUCCCGAGCUUCUAUAUAUAUAAGUAAUGAAGUAAUUAGCCCUUGAUUUUUGUUUUCCUACACGAGGUUACUUGAGUAAAAGAAGAAUUUUGUGAAUAUUGGCCAUUAUCUUUGAAGUAUACUGCACCAAUAACGUAAAAUUUAUUAAUCAUUCCCAUCAAUCAUAGGUGUACUUUUUGGACAGUGUUUUGAUCAAUUCUAAAUGAAGAACUGUUCAUUUAGAAUAUUAUGUGAGGAAAAUAAUGUUUAACUGUCAACAAAAAACAGAAAAUACGACAGAUUCAUACAAACUCAAAGACAAUGAGGUAUUCAAUUUGUGUUCACUUUGUACAGAAUUCAAGAUUAAUCAAUGCUAUAUUAUUAUAGGUAAGCUAAUGAUAUAAGACUUGAAGAUUAACACAUACUAUCUUGAACGCUGUGUUCCAUUUUCACCCUGGUCAUGGAUUCAACUUAUGAAACCAACAUUUUUGAAUGAGGUUUAGUGUGGUCAUUAGUUCAUGUGAUGGCGUGUUAUGACUACAUCAUCAAGGCUUUUCCAUUCGUGCUUUAGUUCAAGUUAGAACUGUGCAUCAAAGUAAGGGAUUGUCACCUUGCCCAGUUUGAAGGCUGUUGAGAAAUAACAGUAGAUUGGUGAAAAGAUGGCCAGGGAAAUGAUGUAUAUUAUUGAGAAUGUGGUGGUGCUGGUAAUCCUUCACUGGUUUCAGUUUACAUUUGGUGUAUUCUUCUAUGGGUUAGUUAUCUCCAUCCUGUAACCAGUAGAACGGGGAAAACAGUCGUUCUCCACCUAUAUUUACUUUCGAAUUCGUCUAUUGUUUUGGUUUUUUUCGAUUCUGUCGAGUACUGUAGUGUCACCAACCACUGCUUAACUAACUGUAAGUACACAGUUUAGUUUGUGAUGUAAAAAUAUGGUUUAGAUUAUUGUUGACUACGAACAAAUCCAUCAUUAGUGAAACUACUUUUAUCAGGGAUUGAUUACGUUUGCUACCGUAACAUGAUUUCCUAAUGUGAUUUCUGAGAUCAGAUUGUUUCGUUUUGUAAAAGUUAAUUGAUGUGUUAAUUGAUUUGGUCUAGGUGUUUAGAAUGCUGUCAAGAGGAACUUGAAGUUCAGUCUCCAGCUGGAAAUUGUAUCGGCUAUGUGAAACGAGUAUUUAGUGGUUGUAAUCUUGAUUACCACAUUUUGGAUAAUAACCAGAGUACAGUUCUGCAAAUACAUGGUCCAUCAUGUUGUUUUUGUGAAUGUUUAGGAUCGGAUAUAAUAUUUAAGGUAACUUCUGCUGACGGUACUGUCGAAAUAGGUAGAAUUACGAGAAAAUGGAGCAAUAUUGUCCAAGAAUUCUUUACUGAUGCAGAUAAUUUUGGAGUUUCUUUUCCGAUGGACUUAGACGUGAAAGUAAAAGCGAUUCUCUUAGCUGCUGUUUUUCUCAUUGAUUUUAAAUAUUUUGAAAAGAAGCCAAAACAAUAAAAUUUUUCGUAGUCUUAUCCUUUCAUGUCGUUUUAUCUGUGAGUAUAUUCUGUGCUUCGUCUUUUCUUCGCCUGAGCUCAUUUAUUUGUAUUAUUUAUACAGAAAUAUGGAUAUUUUUGAUUUUUUAACGCUUUACUUAUUGUAAUUUUUAUUUUGUAGUUAUCAUUGAAUUGUAUAUGAAAGACUACACUUCCUUGUGUAUUUAUUCAUCCGAUUCGCAUUCAUAACUUGUUCUAAUUUUUACUCAGACGUUUGCCUAGACGAUUUCUUUGCACCAUUUCUUGUUAACCAUACUUUCAUGAAGUUCUCUUUUUCAGUAAACAACGAGAUCACAAGGUUGUUUGAACAUUUGACUAAUUUGUCAGGUAUUAUUUUUGUUUUUUUUCAAUAAUUCAAAUGCUUUUGAUACUGAUUGUAUUUUCUUUAUUUCUAAAGAAAGCUUUUGAUCUGUUUAGUGGAAUUAUUUUGUCUUAAAGCUAGAUGUAUCGGUCAUUGUCUUUCCUUUGAAUUUGUUACGGUAUAUUGAUCGCUUCCCGACCGUAGCUGCUACCUUGAUGCGGUGGUCGGGCUGGCCUAUUGUAUUGACCCAACCGAGCUAUAUUGGCUGGGACAUAUGUUCCUGUAGGUUCUACCAUGCCAUGCAGGUCGAUUGGAGAACGGUAAGACUAAAAGCAGCAACUCAAGGUCUGAGGGCGAAUUCGUACUGCCGACUGUAGAGAGAUGUGACAGCAGUAAGGUGUUUUCCUCCUACAACCGGCAUCUGCAGCGAUACUGCCUUCUCACAAGGAAGGAAGGGGUUAGAAAAGGUCGACCCUAAAAAUGUCACGCCUCACCUUACCUCACGGAUUUCCGUCUCCUGCAGUAGGGCCCUUUAAAGAACGGAGCUAACAUGUUUGAGACCUCCCACAACAAGGCCGUGCGCGACCGGCCUCAAACAGUUAUCUCUUGGGCUCUGCGGUCACGCUCCCAGGUCGUUAAGACGAACACUAAUCCGACUUCCUUUCCAGGUUCCUCAAGAAAUACCCUUGCACGGUGUGGGCAGCCGGGAAGUGAUGUCAGCCCACAUACUCGUAACAGCACAUGAGACAAAGUUGGUCACAUUCAACUCCUUCCUAUACCUCCUAAUACCUCUCUUAUCUCCAUGACUAACCCUUCUCACGUCUCUUUAUCAUCUCGCACCGCUAUUGCAAACGAUUCGAGUACGCGGAACGUUAUUCCUGACCUACUGAAACCACUCUCUAAACUACACGUAGGAGCUUUUAACGUCUGAACACUGUGCCAAAUAGGACAACAGGCUUCCUCAGUUGGGACUUUAGAAUCUCGUGCCAUCGAUGUGUGCUGCGUCUUCGAAACGCGCAUACAGGAUCCGAGUAGCGUCAUUCAUUUGACCUCACCAUGUCAAAAUAAAGAACCAACUCGAUUCACACUUCGUGUAUCUGGAAGCCCUGAUUCUGCUUCCCGCGGCCUCGCCGGCGUAGGUAUAGUAUUGAGUCCUAGGGCAGAACUAGCUCUCUUAGACUGGAUCCCAGUAGAUGGUCGUUUGUGCGCUGUCCGACUAAACGGGACAGUAAGGACUCGGAAAGAUAGGGACACUCGUCGUUGCCUCUUCGUCGUCUCUGCCUAUUCUCCCACUAACUGCAGCUCAGAUGAUGUAAAAGAUGAGUUUUACAGAAAGCUCUCUGACCUCCUCCUAAAAGCUAGGCACUCUUAUGUAGUAAUAGUGGCUGAGGACUUUAAUGCUCAAGUAGGUAAACUAAGCGAUAGGGAAAGACACCUUCGUGGAUAUUAUGGUGUCGUGACUCAAAGAACAGAUAAUGGUGACCGUCUGUUACAGCUAUGCUCAGAUAACCUCCUGUUUCUUGCAAACACUAACUUUAAGCAUAAGGAAAGGCAUCUUGUGACAUGGCGAUCCCCUAAUUCGUCCCAACGUUGGACUCGAAUAGAUCACAUCGCUAUCAGCCACCGAUGGAGUGGCUCGAUAGAAGAGUGUCGCUCAUACUGGAGCACAUGCUUAGAUUCAGGUCAUGCUCCAGUCAGUCAGUAACAACGUACGAGCGCGUAUCUGCCUGCGUCUUACUGGACGUAGGAAAGACGCUGCAAGGAAACCUCUUAGGGCCC